AUGGAAGGUACAUCACAGCUUUGCGGACUUUUUGGGGGCGACAGGGAGAUUACGACCCGAAGUGGCAGCUGCGCCAGCGGAGAUGCGGCCGACUACGGCGACGGCGGUGGUGAUGGCGGCAACGGGAGCGAUGUGGGCGCUGCUGCCGUUGUGGUCGACUCCGCCGCUUCACCCACACGAAAACAGGCGUCAUUAAAUUUGUUUGAGCAGAGACACAUGGAUGAUGACAACACAAUGACGAAGAGGCAUUGCUAUUAUGAUUGCGACCCGGAGAAGACGACAGACCGACCUGCUCUCAGCAACAACAUUUGGCCUGAGGUGAAGACUGUCACGGUUAUGGUGCCGACGAUGUUCACCACCGCCGGGGGACGCCAGAUUUGCGUGCGUGAGAAACGACACAUCGCCCGUGGGUCGCCGUACUGGCGCCUGUUGUUUGAGUGCCCGCUACACGAGGGGGCCGCGCUGUCGUCUCACACUGACGAGGAGGAGGGACUCAAUAAGAAGAAGAAGGACGAGAAGGUUGAAGGGGGAGAGGAGAGCGGGGCGGCAGGGCCGCAUCGCGGUUUGUUGCCGGCGUGGCGACGGCGUCCGCGUGAGGCAAACACAUAUUCCACACCCUCGCUUGCCACGUCCCUUCAGGGACCCCGGUGUCGCUCUUCUCCACUGCCGCCAUCAGACGAGCACGGGAUAAAUGAGGACUGCGGCGACACCAGUUUUACGUUCUCGUACUCUUCCUUCACCAGAGCUGACGGCAGCAUGAUUUAUUUAUCUCCAGCUCCAACGUAG